AUGGGGAUCCAGUUCAUGUUGGCCAGAGACCACGCCCCCGUUCUACGGAGGCAGCAUGUGCCGGUCAUUGCCACUGGGAGCAGGGCAGCAGGCCUGGAACAACCUCUGCAGAGACACAAAGGCUCUGAGACAAAGGAGACUUCUCUUUCAGUUCUCUUUCUGUCCUGCUCAGACAGACACUUGCUCCGGGCGCAGCCAGAGACCAGCAACACGAUGAUUGUGUGGGAUGCUCUAACUGACAAUUACAUCUCCACCUGGGACGGUCUGGAUUCAGAGGGACUCAACGGCAACCUUUCUGACCAGGAGAUUCACGAAAAAGAGGAGGAAGAGAUGAAUGAGAAGAAUGACAACGCCAAAUGCUUGAAUGAAGAGCCUCUCAUAACAGCUGAUCAGGUAAUUGAGGAGAUAGUCGAGAUGAUGGAGAACUCUCCGGAUCCUGGUGAAACAGAGGAGGAGGAGGAUGAGGAGGAGAGCAGCCACUGCUCCUCCAGGACCAGCCCCUCUCUGCUGGAGGAGAUCCGGCAGCUGUCCGAGGCCUCCAACAACAACUGCUCCUACGAAGGCCUGAGCCUGAUGCCCAGCUCAGCUCUGGUGGAGCUGCUGCACCGGGUGGAGGCUGCCAUCCUGGAGUACUCAGAGGAGCUGGUCAGUAAUCUGGCUCGGCGCGAGGAGCUGGAGUUCGAGAAAGAGGUGAAGAACACUUUCAUCACGGCCCUGAUGGAGGUGCAGAACAGGCAGAAGGAGCAGCGAGACAGCAGCAAACGUCGACGCCGGGACAAGGCCCUGAGCCUGCAGGGUGGAGGCACGCAGGCUGUGAACGUGGGGAACACAGGGAACGCCGGGAACACAGGCUCCAUGGGACGCACAGAGAAGACAGGGAGCAUGCCUGUCAAGUAUCUGAACACAGUUAUUCCAUUUGAGAAGAAAGCCACCCUUCCAUCUGUUGACGACCUGCAGAUGCUCACAAAAAUUCUUUAUGCCAUGAAGGAGGACAGUGAGAAGGUGCCCACACUGCUAACUGACUACAUAUUGAAAGUCCUGUGUCCUACCUAA